AUGAGCUACUCUCCUUCCUCGUCCAACCACCGGAACGUCCCUGGUGUUCAAGGUAAUAAGUCUUUUUGUCUCUUGUCACCUGACCAACACUCGUUCGAUCAAGUGACCAUCUCCUCGUCUCGUCAUGGGAUAAGAUUGUAUGAUGUGAGCACCAAUUCGUUGAAAGGAGAGUUCAUACACGGCGGCGCGGUGCUCGAUUGCUGUUUCCACGACGAUUCCUCUGGUUUCAGUGUUGGCAGUGAUAACAAAGUCAGACGGAUUGUUUUCAGUGUUGGGAAAGAGGAUGUUUUGGGGACGCAUGAGAAGCCUGUGCGGUGUGUUGAGUAUUCUUAUGCUGCUGGGCAAGUGAUCACUGGAUCUUGGGAUAAAACAGUUAAGUGUUGGGAUCCGAGAGGUGCAAGUGGCCCUGAACGGACUCAGGUGGGAACAUACGUGCAACCAGAGCGUGUUUAUUCUCUGUCUCUCGUUGGAAACCGUCUCGUUGUGGCAACAGCAGGAAGGCAUGUCAACAUCUACGAUCUCAGGAACAUGUCUCAGCCUGAGCAAAGAAGGGAGUCUUCACUCAAAUACCAGACGAGAUGUGUUCGUAGUUAUCCUAAUGGAACAGGUUAUAUGUCUCAGCAUGACUGA